UGAAGUGAGAAAGAAUGUAUGUCUGUGUUAUCACACACCCCUGCAUGUGUCCAUUACAUUGUCCCAGGCACACAGUCAUGUCUUAUCAAUACCACAUUUAUCUGAAACAACCAUUAAACUGUUCUGGAAAUGUACAUUGCCUCUUUUAGUAACCCAUUUGUCUUUCUCCAACUCACUACCCUUUUCCAUGCAAACUACCACAGUCCUACUCACAUUUGCAGCUCAAAGGCGACAGUUUUGUAUUUUUCUUUGUUGCAGCAGCCUUCACUGCUGACACAAAAAGAUGAGACUAUUGCAAUUUACCUUUCAAUUCUUCUCAUUUGCCAUCAACUCAAUUCAAGAAAAAACCUUAUAUUCAGAAACUGGAUCUUGCCCUUUUCAAUUGCCUUUCAAACCAACCAUUAUUGUUGCUGUUUUAUUUUUUCAGUUCACUCAGGCAUUUGUCAAAUGGCUAGUGUACCUUUUCUCCUUGUUGUGUUCCUCUUGUUUGCAGGUGAAAUGGUGGCAGUAAUGGAAGAGAAGGAGUUGUUGGGAUUGUUUGAAGUGAUGGAUGCUCUUGUGGAUGACCCUGACUGGGCCCAAUCACACCCUCAGCCUUGUACUGAUACUCCAUGGCCUGGAGUUGAGUGUGAAGUUAGCAGUGACUACCCACCAAUCUUUCAUGUCACAAAGAUCCACAUUGGUCCUGAAAUACUCUCCCCACCUUGCAAAUCCUCUGCUCACCUAUCACAAUCCUUGCUGAAACUCAGUUACUUGAAAACCUUUUCAAUUUUCAACUGUUUUGUUGCUUCACCAGUCACUCUACCUACAACUCUCUUUGGUCCUUUCUCUUCCUUAGAGCACCUUGCUCUGCAGUCUAACCCAUCACUCCAUGGAACAAUACCUCCAAGUUUGGGCCAUGUGACUAAUCUCAGAGUCUUGAGCCUGUCCCAGAACAGCUUACAAGGAAACAUCCCAAAACAGAUUGGAAAUUUGGCUAGUCUAGAGCAACUUGACCUGAGUUAUAACAAUCUCAGUGGUGAAAUCCCCAAGGAAAUCGGAGGUUUGAAAAGCAUGACCAUUUUGGACCUAAGCUGGAAUCAAAUUGAAGGGAAUCUUCCUUAUUCUGUUGGAGAACUCCAACUUCUCCAGAAGAUGGAUUUGAGCUCAAACAGGAUUUCAGGUAAAAUACCUCCAGAACUUGGAAAACUCAAGAGGUUAGUCUUACUUGAUCUGAGUCACAACUUUAUUGGUGGUCCUGUUCCUGAAACAUUUUCAAGUUUGGAGAAUCUAGAAUAUUUUCUCAUUGAUGACAACCCCAUCAAAGCAGGGGUACCCCCCUUCAUAGGGAACCUUUGGAAGCUCAAAUCAGUGAGCUUAUCAGGUUGUGGAUUGGUUGGUUCCAUUCCCAAUUCUUUAUCUUCCUUGGAGAACCUCACAGCUCUCUCCCUAGAUAACAAUAGCCUCAAUGGGUCAGUUCCUCCAAAUCUUGGUUUUCUUCCGAACUUAGAUCAACUGAACAUCAGCCACAACAAGCUGAAUGGGAUUCUUGAGCUCCCUGAUGAGUUCAUUGGAAAGCUUGGUAAAAGGCUGGAUGUAAGAGGAAACAGUGACCUUUGCAUCAGUGAUGUGACAAACAAGAAGAACCUCUCUUCAUACUUGGAAAUCCCCUCCUGUAGAAAUGACAAAUCUUUAACUGAAGGUCCACCUGAAGAUCCAGCAGGAAUAUUAAAGCCAUCUUGGAUUAAAAGCAACAUGAGUUCAAGUUCAUCAAGAAUGGAUCUAAUACUUAUCCUGUUCAACUUGGUUUUUAGUUUCAUCCUCAUUUUCCUUAAUUUGAUUUUGUGAAUCUGGGAACUUUUAUUUUCAUAAAAUGCUUAAGUUAAAUCUCAUUGAAAUGAAGUGCAUUCAUAGGCAAUGUUGUUGACUUGUUGUUGGUGAUGAUGCCAAUGGAAAUUAUUAUUCAUAUAAAAUUCCAUGCACUAGUCAAAUGUUUGGUGCAGAUGAUUAGUGACUUCAAUUAAUAGGUUCUGCAUUUUGCAUGGCACGGUGAAAGAAAAUAA